UAUAAAAGAUAAAAGAUAAAAUGAAAUCUUCAAUUACAGUCAUCGUUGGCAUCAUUCUUAAUUUUCAGGUCACAAGAACAUUUUCGACUUCCUGUCAACAAAAUCUGAAAGUAACAUCAUGUCCUAAAUCUAUUAAGGCAUGGAGAGAGAGGGAACAUUUAAAGGGAUGUUAUGUGCCUCAAAAUACCUGUGCUGCAUUUAAAAGUUCAAAUUUAACGUUCGUUUAUCAUUGUUUACCAAAUGAAUUUUUGAAUGCAACGUACGAAGUCUGCAUGCCUGCAACAUAUAUACUAGGUAAAAGAUGUGCUGAAUAUAAUGUUCAUGGUAGAGUCAUUCAGUCCAGUUUGGAAAACCAUUGUGAAACCUGUCCUGUAAGGUACAUAUCAACAGAUAUCUAUAAAUAUCAAAGUUGCUAUGACAUUCUGAGCAGCUCAGAAGAAGUUUCAACAGACAACAAGAUCGAAAAUCAAAACAGAUAUAUGAUGGGCAUUACUCGUUGGAACGUGGUCUUCGCUUUAUUGUCAAUAUUAGCUGUCUCUGUUUUUGUGAUUGCUGUUGGGGUUGUUUUUAUUAUUAUCCGGUUGAAAUUAUUAUCUUCUCGCAAAAAUGUCUCUGGCGAGCCGUUGUUGACAUCCUGUAGCAACUCAUAA